UGUGAGUCAGUGCAGAAGGUGUGGCUCAUUCCUGCUGGUGCCAUUGUUAUACUCAGUCCUGAGGAACUCCAGUAAAGACAGUGAAACAGACCAGUGCUGUUCUGCCUGCUCCCUGCUCAGCCCUGCAACAUGUUCAAGUGUGGCAUUGCUUAUCCCAGAUGCAAAUGGAUCCUACCCCUACUCAUGCUUUUUGCAAUUAUAUUUGAUAUAAUUGCCCUGUCUGGCAGAGGCUGGGUGGAGACGGAGAGUAGCAGGGAACUUGCAUCACUAUGGGAAAAAUGCAGCGGAAGCAGCAGCAACUGCAUUUCUAUCAUGGACUACCCUUGGGGUAAAGCAACUGCUGCACUUCUGAUCAUUGGCUUCAUCUUAUUGAUAAUUUGCUUCAUUCUCUCCUUUGUUGCUCUAUGUGUGCCAAAUAUGCCUUUGAUGAGAAUAAUUGGAGCCAUUCUCAUUUUAGCAGUUAUUUUGCAGGUUAUUGCACUGAUUAUCUAUCCAGUGAGAUUUACCAACGAGUUAGCUACUGGUAACGAGAGUUAUCUGUACAGCUGGACAUAUGGCUUUGGCUGGGGUAGCACAAUUAUCAUGUUUGGCUGUGCUAUCUUCUUCUGCUGUCUACCCAACUAUGAAGAUGAACUCCUGGAAAAUGUCAAGACAAAAUACUUUUAUACUUCUGCCUAAACAGAAACCUUAUUUGGUCUAGGCUAGCAUAAAGUGAUUAUAAACCUAUUUUCACACAUAAGCAAAAUUUUACUAAUAGUUUUGAGAUGUAUUCUAAUGGUGGUAUAGUUUUGCCUUUUAAUGGCGUGUCUUUGUUUAAUUAUUUACAUUCUUGCUUUAACCAAACUUCCACAUACAUUUUUUUUUUCUCAAGGAUAUAUUUUUCUAGAUUAAUUAGCUGUACACUACAAUUGUCAGUAGCAUUUAAAUGAGCAACUUUAACUUUUCUUACUGUUUAACCAGGUUUACUUGUUAAAACAACUGAAUUCACAUAUUCAUUCAUAUUUUUAUUUUUUUGUUUUUUUCAAAUCACUUUUUAUUCCUUAAAAUUGUCUAUUUAGAUAAUUACUUUAAAACACAUUUUUUUUGUUAUUUAUUAAAGGACAUUUAAACCCCCCACAAAAAAAAUAAUCAGUUAACAGCCUCUCUGAAAUGUUUAAAUAUCUGUCUGGUUGUUAAAAGGUUAACAGUAAGGCUGCAGCAUCCCCCUAAAUCACUUGGGAAUCCUUAUCCUCCUCUGACCCACUCAGCCCCUUUCCUUAGGAAUUGAGCAUGCUCAGUUCUUUUCAACUCGGGUUACUAAACAUGCCCUCCAGUCUAGCAGCCAAUAAAGAGAUGUCAUUGCUGAUUUCCAUAAAAACUCUACUCUAGCUGUGCACUCUGGGAAAACAUGUUUGUGUCAGAGGGAAAAUGGCUUCUAGGUAAAAGCUGCUAUUUGUUUUAGAAAAAUGUGAUGGUGCUGGCGAAUGGAGGGUAUAUAUGCUGUACAAAUGAUGCAGUUUGCAUGGGGGAGAUGUGUCCAACCUUGGUAGGAAAAUGUCUGGUUUAGAUGUCCUUUAAGAGUAUAAACCAGGAAAAGACGACUUUACCAUCUAAAAGUUGGCAAGGUAAAUAGAAGCUAUCAUUAUCAAAUUGUAAAAUCUUGAUUUAAUUGGAGUUUUUAGUAGUUUUCUGGAUUUUUUUUUUUUAUCACACAAAAAUUCUUACAAAAUUGAGGAUUUUCUAUUUGUUCCAACUUUUGAAGCUGAAAAAGAAAAAUAAUGGAAAAACUAUAAGAGAUUAAAAAAAAAAAAGACCAAUUGCUGACCAAAAAAGCUGCUAAGAAUUGGCCAAUUGUAACAUACUCAAAGUUAACUUAAAGGUGAACCACCCUUUAAACUGUGUAGAUAUCAGGAAAAUCACUUUUGAAUUUAUUUUUUAAGUAGCCUGAAAGGAUUCUGUUCCACAUUAUGAAAAACUUAUAUCUCAGAUCCCAAGGUCUCAGGCAUUCUAGAUAAUUGGUCCCGUAACUGUAUUAGGAUUUCAAUAAGUUGUAAAACGAAAUUGUAUUAUAAAGGUGAAGUUAAACGCUUCUUUCGCAUUUCUGAAAAUAUUGUAAAUGUGUAAAAAGAAUCGUAAUGUGUUGAUGAAAUUGAAAAGCAAUAAAAUACUUUCUUUCUGUCCAAGAA